UUUCAACUGAGUGCAACCAAUGUGGGCUUGAUAUUUCUUAUACUAUCGGCAACGUACGGAAUAUCCUGUCCUAUCUGCGGCUAUUUAUCUGACAAGUUGAAUUCUUAUUGGUGGCUGAUGAUUGUGGGUUUGUUUGGAAGCUCAGCUACACUUCUGUUUCUUGGACCAUCACCUAUGCUGAAUUUGUUUAUAGAAGACUCCGUAUGGUUGAAUAUCGUGGCUCUGUCGGUAUUAGGAGUGUUUGCAGCUAUGGCACUGAUGCCGACCUAUCAAUACAUCCUUGAUAGUUCUCUUGAACAUGGAUAUGCUGAUAAUCUGGCAACUCAUUCCGUUAUAGCCGGUCUUUGGUCUUCUAUCUAUUCCUUGGGAGAUGUCUUGGGUCCUAUCCUCGGAGGAACACUCCUUGAGAAUUACCACUUUCCAGUAUCAGCCACGAGUUUCGCAGUUUUGAAUUUUGUCGUGGGAGUUUUCAGUCUGAUUUUUUUUGUGUACGUGAAAAAAACACCAAACGUAGUGAAUUUCCCCAAAGUUUCUCCAAGUCACACUGAUGGGGAGUACUACAAAGCAGACAUUAAGAAUAUAGCCGUUGAGGGCAAUCCGGAAGUCAUUAAAUCGUCAUAAUAAUGAUAAUAGUGAUAACGAAACUACCUGUCCUGGAUUUGAACUUACCAUUUGGGAUAAAAAUCCCUUCAGUGCCGUCUCUGAUAUUUAAUUUGUGUUUUGUCAACAUUAUCGUUUUGUUCUGAAUAAACGUACCUAUAGUCCGUUCGCCGAAUGAAUGGUGUGAUCACGUCGUGUGUUUACAAUGAAUUUAUACAGAAAUAGUCAAAUCGCCAUGUUAAACCAAGAAAAGAAAACAAAAAACACAAUGUCUGCACAAGUAAGAGUAUGUAUAACAUAUGUAAUGGUAAAGGACGAUACUUGUAUUCAAGUAACAAUUUAUUGUGAGAUUUUUACUGAACGUUUACAUACUGAUCAAGUAUAAGCACGCCUGAAGAAGUUGUUGUAUAGUGAAACACUUGUUGCGGUUUUGUAGACUGCUCAGCGAAAAUUUCACAAUAUAGUGUUACUUGAAUAGGGAAUAUGGGAUCUGACCGAAAAGGACAAAUAGAAAUUGUUUGCCUCUGUGAAAAUCAAACCUGUGAAAAAUCACCUGUAGAUCACGAUCUCUUACAUAUCAAUCUUUUCGGUGAACAGACUAUAUUUCUUGUUUCUGGCUGAUCGACUGUGUAGACACUACCUCCACAAUUCCUCCCGUACAUUGAUCGUUUUUCAACAAAUCCCUAGAUAGAGAUGUGACUAUCCGUUUUUUCUACAGUGUGAUGUAGAAUUAAGAAUUCGGACAAUGCUGUCAUUAUUUAAGUGUAAUGAAAUAUGCCGUAGACGAAAUUUUCGGAAAGAGAGAAAAUGUACAGAAUGUAUUAAAUACUUCCAAAUCAA